AUCCCAAGCUAGAAAUUCCAGCCUAUAGUGAUAAGCAAAAGCUACAAAAAUGGUUCAUCUUUAUUGUUUCCCUACACAGUACGCUUCUGAUGAAAGACAUUUUUCAACUCGCUAAGUAAUUGUUUUUUGUUUGGCUAAUUAAAAACCUCGAGAGCGUGGAAGGUUACAAAACGCCAAUUCAGGCAUAGAAGAGGCUGCGGAGAUAUUAUUUGCAGCGUGCAGCGGCAAAGAGAGGAAGACGAGAAACGAAAAUACAGAGAAUAAUGGCGUUAUUGGCAUCUUUGAGGAGAACAGGUGGCAUUGGCCUCAAGAGAGGUGGACUGUUUACUAGAGAGAUCCAGAGCUUCAGUUUACCAGAGCUUUCAUACGAAUACAGUGCAUUGGAACCGGUUAUCAGCGGUGAGAUCAUGAGUCUGCACCAUCAAAAACACCACCAAGCAUAUGUCACUAACUAUAACAAGGCUUUGGAACAGCUUGAAGAGGCUUCUGCUAAUAAAAAUUCCGAAGCCAUUGUCUCUCUCCAAAGUGCCGUCAAAUUCAAUGGAGGAGACAAUUACGAGGGGUCAGUGUACGAGUCUCCAGGUCAUAUCAACCACUCUGUGUUUUGGAAAAAUCUUGCUCCUGUGAAAGAAGGAGGUGGCGAAGCACCAAAUGGUGGCCUGGCAAAGGCAAUAGAUACUCAGUUUGGGUCUUUAAAUGCUUUGAUAGUAAAGAUGAAUGCCGUAGGUGCUGCUUUGCAGGGAUCUGGUUGGGUGUGGCUGGGUUUAAAUAAAGAUCUGAAGAGCCUUAUUGUGGAGACAACACCGAAUCAGGACCCACUGGUGACAAAGGGUUUGCUUCCACUACUAGGAAUAGAUGUAUGGGAGCAUGCAUAUUAUUUGCAGUAUAAAAAUGUACGGCCUGAUUAUUUGAAGAACAUUUGGAAGGUGAUUAAUUGGAAAUAUGCAGAGGGUGUAUAUGAGGAGGCGGCCAAACCAUGACAGACACUGUUUUGAAAAAUUGGCGCAGAAGUUGAAUAGUUAUCUUUAUUGAUAGAUCUUUGGUGUCUAUCAAUACAGUAGUACAAUCUUGUUUAAAUUGUUCAUUACAACUUUGAUACCAUGAAGGAAAACAGGCUUGUAACUUUGAAACUCCUAGUCCUUCAAUAAAAUAUAGAAAGAUCUUAUGUGCUGCAAA